CAUAUCACAUAUCUGUAAUCUGUAUCUGGUUUGGCUGAUGCAAUAGGUCUUAUAUAUAUUAAAGCACCAUUUAUAAUUGUAGACAAUAUUGUGUAAAGUCGUGCAAAAUAGUGUAAUUAUUACUUCUUCAGUUUAGUGAGUUUUUAAAAAGUUAUAAGAAAUUUAGUCAUGGCAGAAGACGAAGCUUUUUUUGACCCCACUCUAAAGAAAAAGAAGAAGAAAAAGAAGACCACUUUCGAUAUCGAUGCAGCCUUAGCUGAAGGUAAUCAAGAUAAUGAAACUACAAACAACACAGUGGAAGCAGCAGAGCCUAAAGAAGAAGAACAAGAUGAUGCUAAUGUUGAUAUAGAUCUAGACUUCACGAAAAAGAAGAAGAAAAAGAAGAAGCCUUUCAAUGCAGAAGAUCUAGAUGUUGCUAUAAAUGAUUCCAAGGAAGAUGGUACAGUUGAUGGGGGCAAUCAAGAGGACGGCGCUGUGGAUGACAAUUUUGAUUUAGAUUUGUUGGAUUUCAGUAAAAGCAAAAAGAAGAAGAAAAAGAAGAAGGAUCUUGACGAGUUGAUGGCGGAAGCUGAAGAAAAGGCAGAAGACAAGGAAAAUGUGGAUGAAAAUUCAACUCUGUGGGUUGGGUCUGACAGAGAUUAUACAUACGACGAGUUGUUGAAUCGUGCCUUUGAAAUAAUGAGGGAUAAGAAUCCCGAUAUGGCUGCGGGCAAGAAACAGAAAUUCGUAAUGAGACCACCACAGGUAGUCAAGAUCGGUGCGAAGAAAACAUCAUUCGCGAACUUUACAGAAAUCUGUAAAAUGUUGCAUCGUCAGCCCAAACAUUUAUUGGAUUUCUUGCUGGCCGAGUUGGGUACGAGUGGGUCUGUGGACGGCAACAGCCAGCUGAUCAUCAAAGGAAGGUUCCAGCAGAAGCAGAUCGAGAAUGUUUUAAGAAGGUAUAUUAAAGAAUAUGUUACCUGCCAUACAUGUCGGUCGCCCGACACGAUCCUUCAAAAGGACACGAGAUUGUUCUUCUUGCAGUGUGAAACUUGCGGUUCUAGAUGUUCUGUAGCUAGUAUUAAGUCUGGUUUCCAGGCCGUAACAUCAAAACGUGCUGCCAUUCGAGCGAAAACAGCCUAGACCCAAGGAUCGGUAAUGCAAUAUUAUAUUUUAUGUUAUUAAAUGGCACUUUUAUAUAUUUAAUAAUUAAUAAGGUCGUGCUGAUGGUUUGGUGUUGUGUGUCCAUUACACUUUGUACCAUAAAUCUAGCAGAAUUGUUAAAUAAACCUAACAAGUAACUGAAAA